AUGGCAUCAGUGGGAGGAAAGCAUGUGAAGCUUUUGGGGGGGUGGGCAAGCCCGUUUGUGAUUCGGACGCGGAUUGCUUUGAAUCUGAAGGGAGUGGAUUACGAGUUCUUGGAGGAGGUGUUUGGGGUGAAGAGUGAGCUACUGCUCGAGUCCAACCCUGUGUACAAAAAAAUUCCUGUACUCAUCCAUGAAGGCAAGCCCAUCUGUGAGUCCAUGAUCAUCGUUCAGUACAUCGACGACAUCUGGGCUGCCAAGGGCUCCGCCAUCCUGCCCGCCAAUCCCUACGAAGGCGCCAUUCACCGCUUCUAG